AUGACUGCUCGAAUCUUGGAUGGCACUGCCAUCGCCAAGAGCAUCCGUGAGAGGAUUGGUGCAGAAAUUGCCGAGAAGCAAAAGCUCAAUCCGCGCUACAAGCCUUCGCUCAAGAUCAUUCAAGUUGGCGACCGCUCAGACUCUUCCACUUAUGUGCGCAUGAAGCUCAAGGCUGCCGCAGAGGCUGGCGUCGCUUGUGAACUUAUCCAAUUCCCCGUAGACACCACCGAACCCGAACUCCUGGACCAGAUUCGUCGCCUCAACCACGACUCCACUGUCAACGGCAUCUUGGUUCAGCUGCCCCUACCCGCCAACAUCUCCGAGUACAACAUCACCUCUUCCGUUGCCGACGAAAAGGAUGUCGAUGGCUUCGGGACUAACAACAUUGGCGAGCUGGCCAAACGGGGAGGCGCCCCAAUCUUCACCCCUUGCACCCCCAAGGGCGUCAUGUACAUGCUCAAAGAGGCUGGCAUUCAGAUCGCCGGAAAGACGGCAGUCGUUCUUGGCCGAAGCAACAUUGUUGGUGGACCCGUCAGCUACCUGUUGCGACAUGCUGAUGCCACCGUCAUUGUCUGCCACUCCAAGACGCAGGGACUGGAGAACUAUCUCAAGCACGCUGACAUUGUCAUUGCUGCCAUUGGGCAAGCUCGCUUUGUCAAGGCUGAAUGGUUAAAGGAGGGUGCCGUUGUCAUUGAUGUCGGAACUAACUUUAUUCCCGAUGCCUCCAAGAAGAGUGGCCAGCGUAUGGUUGGUGAUGUCGACUUUGACGGUGCUUCCAAGGUUGCAUCGGUCAUCACUCCUGUGCCUGGUGGCGUUGGCCCCAUGACAGUUGCCAUGCUUUUGCAAAACGUUGUAGAAGCUACCAAUCUGUUCUUCGAGAAGGAGAAGAUUAGAAAGACGAUCCCCAUCCCCUUGAAACUCAAAAGCCCCGUGCCGUCUGAUAUCGCCAUCUCCCGAGAUCAGACGCCCAAGCAAAUUACUCGAAUUGCGGCCGAGGUUGGCAUUGCUCCCCACGAACUGGAGCCCUACGGUGCCUACAAGGCCAAGGUUGAUCUUGACCUGCUGAAGCGCCUGGACCACCGCAGAAAUGGUCGUUACGUCGUCGUCACUGGUAUCACGCCAACGCCCCUUGGAGAAGGCAAGUCCACCACCACCAUGGGCCUUGCCCAGGCUCUGGGAGCCCAUGUGGGCAGACUUACCUUCGCCAAUGUACGACAACCCAGUCAGGGCCCGACUUUCGGAAUCAAGGGCGGCGCUGCAGGCGGUGGUUACAGUCAGGUCAUUCCCAUGGAUGAGUUUAACUUGCACUUGACCGGCGACAUCCACGCCAUCACUGCCGCCAACAAUCUCUUGGCCGCUGCCAUCGAAACCCGCAUCUUCCACGAAAACACCCAAAAAGACGGACCGCUCUACCGAAGACUAGUCCCCGUAAAGAAUGGAGUCCGAAAGUUCGUCCCGGUCAUGUUCCGUCGGUUGAAGAAGCUGGGCAUUGACAAGACCAACCCUGAUGAUCUCACCGAGGACGAAAUUCGACGAUUUGCCCGUCUCGAUAUUGACCCAGAGACCAUCACUUGGAGGCGUGUUCUCGACGUCAACGAUCGCCACCUGCGAGGCGUCACUGUCGGCACGGCACCCACAGAGAAGGGUCAAUCCCGAGAAACCGGCUUCGAUAUCUCCGUUGCCAGUGAGUGCAUGGCUAUUCUCGCUUUGAGCACAAGUUUGGCGGACAUGCGAGAGCGUCUGGGCCGCAUGGUCGUUGCUACUUCUCGCGGCGGCGACCCAGUCACUUGCGACGACAUUGGCGCCGGAGGCGCUUUGACGGCCCUGAUGAAGGAUGCCAUUAAGCCCAACCUUAUGCAAACCCUGGAAGGAACUCCUGUUUUCGUCCACGCUGGUCCGUUUGCCAACAUUAGUAUCGGCCAGAGUUCCAUCAUUGCCGACAAACUGGCAUUGAAGCUGGCUGGCACCGAGCCUGACGAGAACCCCAGUGAAUCUGCAGGUUUCGUUGUCACCGAGGCUGGCUUUGAUUUCACCAUGGGCGGUGAACGAUUCUUCAACAUCAAAUGCCGUACAUCUGGCCUCGUCCCCGAUGUUGUCGUCGUCGUGGCUACCGUGCGUGCUCUCAAGGUCCAUGGUGGUGGUCCUCCUAUUGCCCCUGGUGCUCCUCUUGACCCUGUCUACAAGCAAGAGAAUGUGGAAAUUCUGCGCGCUGGUUGUGUGAACCUCAAGAAGCACAUCAGCAACGCCAAGUCAUUUGGUGUUCCGGUCGUCGUUGCCAUCAACAAGUUCGCUACCGACACGGAUGCUGAGAUUGCCGUUGUCCGCGAGGAAGCACUGUCUGCGGGCGCCGAAGAUGCCAUCCUGGCGGACCACUGGGCUCAAGGUGGUCAAGGAGCUGUUGACCUCGCCAAGGGUGUUGUCGCUGCUUGCGAAAAGCCCAAAGAGCUCACGCUUACCUAUGGCCUUGACGGCACCAUUCAGGAGCGCAUUGAAGCCAUUGGCCAGAAGAUGUACGGUGCUGCCAAGGUUGAGUUCAGCGAGCUGGCUCAGAAAAAGGUCGACACCUACACCAGACAGGGUUACGGAAACCUGCCCAUUUGUAUUGCCAAGACGCAGUAUUCUCUCUCCCACGACCCGGAUCUGAAGGGUGCACCCACUGGCUUUACCGUUCCCAUUCGGGAUGUCCGUAUGGCUGCUGGUGCAGGAUAUCUGUAUGCUUUGGCGGCUGAUAUCCAGACCAUCCCCGGACUUCCCACGGCCCCAGGUUAUCUCAACGUUGAUGUUGAUACUGAGACUGGCGAGAUUGACGGUCUGUUCUAG